UUGAAAAGAUAUUUAUAGCUCAGUUUGUCAGUCAAAUGCAUAGUCGUCCAGGAUCCGUCUUCUUACACACCUGAAUAUCCACCAUCACCUUAAAAUGAUGAAAAUUACUAUCUUCGCCCUGGCCGUCAUGGCAGUGGUCUGCGCCUUACCCCAAGAAGCCCCUUCAAGCCAACAACAACAACAGCCAGUACAGAUCGUCAAACAGGACUCUGAAGUAGACGUCAAUGGAUACAAUUUUGAAUUUGAGACGAGUGACGGGACCUCCAGACAGGAGCAAGGCGAGUACAAGAACGACACCGACCAGCAAGGUCUCUCAGUCAAGGGUAGCUAUAAGUACGUCGCUCCUGACGGCCAGCACAUCCAGGUCACCUUCGUCGCAGACAAAAACGGCUACCAGCCCACCGAACACACCGGCGACAACCAGCAACAACCACAAGCGCAGUCCUAAACCUGAAGACCCACUGAAUCGCUAAUACCAAAUUUAUUCUUAAGAUUUUUUUCUAGUCUAAUUAUGGACCUUACUCAAAUGCAAAUUAAAUAAAUGAAUUUUACCUCCAAAAUUGU